AUGCCUUCGGGAGACGAAACACCCUUGAGCAGUUCUACUUAUGAUCUAUUGAAUGGAAGUAUUUUCAUUUUUCAGCGGCGCGACGAGGUGCUGUCGAUGUUCUCGUUCAAAGCGGAUCGUUUCGUACUGGACCAGCUUUUGAUGGUGGCCUUCAUCAUCGGCUUCUAUACCAUCGGUUACUUCGGACUGCUGAUUCGCGUGUACAGAUCGCGAUAG